CCCUAACCUUCUUCUAAUUACCCAAAGACAAAUAGGCAGCCAUAAAACCUCAAAUUAGAAGAAAGAAGAAGAGGAAACAGCAAUGGCAUCUUACAUAAUCCCGAUAGCUCUUCUCCUCUCUCUCACCCUUCUCCUCCCAACUUCCUCUCUCGCUGCUGAUGUGAUCUGUGAGAAAUUGCCCCAAAAUCUCUGCUCCUUGUCGAUAUCUUCCACGGGUAAACGAUGCCUGCUCGAGAGGUAUAGAAAGAGCGGCGAAUCGACGACCGAGUAUUAUUGCAAGACUUCCGAGGUGGAGGUCGAAAGAGUUUCAGGGUGGAUUGAGACUGAUGAGUGUGUGAAGGCUUGCGGUGUGGAUCGAAUGGCCAUCGGAAUCUCUUCCGACUCUCUUCUUGAUUCUCAAUUUACUGCUAAGCUUUGCUCGCCGGCGUGUUAUCAGAGUUGCCCGAAUGUGAUCGAUCUCUAUUUCAAUCUUGCCGCCGGGGAAGGUGUUUUCCUUCCCGACUUAUGCGAGACCCGUCGAUCCAACACUCACCGGUCCAUGGUGGAGCUCGUGAGCUCCGGCUCAGUCAGCCCAGUUUCCGGGGACGCUGCCCCUUCUCCUGCUCCUUGAGCUUAAUGAUCACAACUUCAACAGUCAGUAAACGUCAUUGGAUUUAUUUUUUGUAUUAGUUUCUCUACUUGCGGCAAUGAAAUUUAUAUCAUUUCUAUUAUAGAAAUACUUAACAAGCAUGGAUGCAAAAGUGUUAGACAGAGGGAUUUUGUGUACGUCGUAUGUAAAUUUAUUAUUUGUAUGAAUUUUUAUGAAGAUCUUAUA